AUGCCGAAGCGUUUACCAGAGGUUUCUGUCCCUUCCACGAUCACAGACGAUAAACAACAACCGGCUGACUCUGUGACCCACGAUAGCCUGCGUGGUAAUUCGCCACUAGACUCCUCAAAGAGCACGGCAGCGUUGGAUCACGGAACGACCACUGAUACAGCCCUCUCUUUGGACUACCAUCUGGAUGACUUUUCCUGGGAUAUGUCCCUCGAUCCUCAGUUGGACGGCUCUAUCUCCGCCCAGAUGGCAGAAGAGGAGAUGGGGCGCAUAACCAGCACACCUCAGAUCGCAGAUCCGGCAAUCCAGAACGAAGCUUUCGUCAAAAUCUCAAAGAUCAACGUCGAACUUCACUCCUAUCUCUCAAGUGUUGAGAUUGACAGGCCGCAUCUCGACUUUUGCUCCUCCGCCCACCCACCCUCAAUCCUCAGCGUCGACGGUCAUACUAUGCCGGAACUCGUCCCCGUCGCCUUCCAGGACUUCAUCGGCGUUCUUUCAGGCCUGAACAAAACCGCUGUCCCUAUCACCAACGACAUCAACCAGCCACUAGUUCUCAUCAUUACAAGCUGCUACGUACAAAUCAUCACAAUCUUUGAGGAGGUAUCCGUCCAGAUACGCAAGAGACUAGAGGCAAUCGCUUGGAACCCAAUUCAGCCGACCGAAGGGAUCAAGUUUGGCGCCUUUCCAAUAGAAGAUGCCCAUCUUCAAGAUGUCAUUAUCUCCCAGAUUGUCGAAAGCCUGCGGGAAAAAGCUGAUCGAUGUCGAGGCGUUCAGCAAUCCAUGGUAUCCCCGCCAGGAACCGUCAUGUCCUUCGAAAUUCUCUCUAGUCAGUCCGAUCUCCUCCAUGGCCAGCUCGAAUCCAAGGACCAAGCCUCCGUACCAAGGUCUAUUGGGCUCAAGAGUGCUAAUCAACACUUACGAUCGACUCUGACGGCGGCAACAUAAUGGCAAGCUGAAGGUGGGAAUGUCUGUAUCAUGGAAGAAAAAGCGAAAUCCACCUGAUAUCCAACCCCGAAGCAG